AGCGAGUGUUUGUGUAGGAAGUUAGCCUCACACGGGUUUGCCGUGGCAAAUUCCAUUCAGAGAGAGAAACGAUUUUUAUUACAAUGAAAGAUAAAAAGAUAAGAGGCAAGUCUCGUGGUUGGAACUAAUAAUUUGUAAAAGAUAAAAAUAGAACAUUAAUAAUUUAGUCGCUCACUAUGCACUAUAAAAGGUUCAGGUUUCGUGUUUGAGCCACAAACAUUGUCCACAUCCUCGUUCAGGUCUGUACAGAACUGUGGUCCGAGCAAAGUUCAGCGCGAGAUGAGGGACACUGAGACGGUAAUCACCUGCGACAUCAAGUCCGGGGAAUCGAGGUUCAAUGUCUACCUCGCUAUCUUCAUUGCGUACCUAGGGCCGGCGACUGCAGGUUUUGUGGUGGGGUGGAGUUCGCCCUCUCUCGUGCUCCUGCGGGAUCCUGACACUGGGAUCUCCUUGACCGAGGACCAAGGGAGAUGGCUCGCCUCUCUGACGCCCCUAGGAGCCGCUAUCGGCCCAUUAGUCUCGGGUUAUCUUCUGGACUCUCUUGGUCGCAGGAGGACAUUUCUCCUGCACCACGUGAUGUUUCUGGUUGGCUGGGGGCUGAUGUGCACCAAAACUCUCUGGAUCAUGUACACCGCCAGACUUCUGAUGGGAAUGGCGGUGGGAAUCUCUCUGGCCGUUACUUCCAUGUACAUCGGAGAGAUGGUCGAUGACUCUAUACGAAGCACAAUAAACUGCAUGUACCCGGUGUUCAACAAAUUUCCACUGAUCUUGACUUUCGGCAUCGGCCCCCACAUCUCCUACCACAACCUCAUUUUCAUUUGCAGUGUUCCGUCUCUGGCAUUUAUGUUUCUAUACAAGAUGCUGCCAGAAUCUCCAUUGUUUUUAUUUCUGAAGAACAGAGACUCAGAAGGCAUAGAGACUCUGUCAUGGCUCCGCCAACUGCCGGAGUCUUCCGUCAUUGACGAGGCAAAAUCGAUCAAGAAUUCUCUCUCAGAUAAAGAAGAAGGCUCUUGGGCAAAUCUGUUCUUCAGACGAAGCAAUCUGCGUGCGAUGAUGAUCGUGGGCAGUCUUCAGUUUUUUUGGCAGUAUUCUUGGGGAACCGUAGUCAUAGCUUAUGCCCAACCCAUCCUUCUACAAACUGGGUUGUCGUUCUCCAGCAGCCUGUGUGCGUGGGUCAUGGCCAUCAUGACAUGGAUCGGCGCCUCCUUAGCUCCGGUCCUUGUCAGAUCCUGGGGUUACAAAACAUCUCUCAUGGUUUCUUCAACUGUCUGUACUCUGAGUAUGGGAACGUGUGCAUAUUUCCUUGGCAUUUGCCUCACUGGAGAUAAUAGUCCACUUGUCCAGUGGUCGGUCCUUAUCUCUCAAAUAUUAUACACCAUCAGUAACUAUAGCUCUUAUUACCCGGUUUCAAUUUCUUUAUUGGGAGAGUACUUCGAGCCCAGCAUGAAGGCCAAGGCGUCCACAAUAAUCACAUGCGUCUUGUGUCUCGAAUCCUCAUUUGCCGUAUACAUAUUUCCUCUGUUUCUUCGCACGUUCGACUUGUCAAUCACUUACUGGUUCAGUUUUGCCAUUCUCUUUCUGGGAACAAUGUUCGUAUCGAUAUUUAUUCCCGAGACCAGCGGACUGUCGUUUGCCCAGAUCCAGGAGGUUCUACACAGAUGAUAGCUCUCUAAACCCCUCUAAAACUGUGUUCCUAUAUAUUUACAACAAAUGAUAAUGCAAUUAGAUAUUUACAUAGCUUUUAUAGAUAUUAUGUACAGCAAUUUAAGACUUAAGUGAACUUGAAAGGUUUAUAAAACCUUUAGAGUUAUGGUCGAGUCACAUAACUUUGAGAUUUACCAAAACUAAAAUAAAUGACACAAAUCUGUAAAAUUCCGUUUCGCUAUUGAUAUAAGUUGAUAGAACUUAAAACAGGCUCUGUACCUAUUAUUUGCUGACACGUCGUCGUGGAUUGAAUACAAAUUUAGUGUUCGUUAAUGUUCCACAAUGUUGCAUUAUUGCAAGCUCUAAAUCAAAGGUUAAGAUCAAAGGUGUCCUACACCUUUCUAUUACAGAAAUCAAGAUUGCACAGAUAGGUAAUGCAAUAUUAUGUUAAUGCGAUUAUAUUAUGUAAUUGGUUCAAAGUGUUAGACAUCAUGCAACUACCACAUUCAGCUCGUGAUUUAAUGAUCUUUACACUGCAAAAAUAGAAAAAUGUUAAAACUUUUUAUGAUAAAUAUUAUUUUGUAUUUUAAGUAUUACGUUCUAUUAGGUGAUAUAACGUUGUAUCAAUGUAUAUCCAUUAGUCCCAUUUAGAGUAGUAAAAAUAUGUAGCACUCGUCCACGAUUUCUACACAUUACUCAUAGAAGUCGGUGUACACGGAAGCGUCAUAUCGGUUUUAUUUUAUAAACAUUAGGGUAAUAGUACAAGUACGUAGUCGGUGCAUAGAAGUUAAUUGUAUGGUGUAAUAAUAAUGUUAAGAAUUAUUUUUAAAUCAAAUAUUAUUUUUUAUAUAAAUGUAUGGAUAAAUUGUUAAGUAAAGAGACAAAUACUGUUGAA